AUGGUUCAUCUGUCUCUUUCUCUGCCAUUCUAUGCACUCUUCAGCUUGAUUCUUUUUUUCUUUGUUUACGCCACCAUAUUCUCCCAUCAUCCAUUUUUUUCCUUCCAUAUUUUUGUCUGUACCACUUUUCUUUAUUUCUAUCUUUUGUCUUCUUUCUGUCAUUUUUAUCUUUCCUUCUUAGAUUCCAUUUUCUUUUUUUCAUUCCUUUCUUUUUCUCUGUUCUUGCUUCCUUAUUCACUUAUUAAUUUCUUUUCUUCCUUCUUUAUUUUCUUUCUUUCUGCCUUCCUUUCUCUCUUCAUUCCUUCCAUCCUUCCUUCUUUUCUUCCAUACUCCUUCCUUUCGUUUCUUUCUUUCAUUUCUUUCUUUCAUUCUACUCUUCUUUAUUCUUUUUUCUUUUUUCUAUCCCCUCCUUACAUUUCUUUCUUUCUCCCUUCAUUGCUUUCAUUAUCUUUCUUUCUUUCUUUCUUUCUUUCUUUCUUUCUUUCUUUCUUUUCUCCAUUGUUUUCUUCUAUUCUGUUUUCAUUCUGUUCUUCAUUCCUUUGUUUGCUUCUUCCUCCCUCAUUUCAUUUUUCAUUUCUUUAUUCAUUUGUUCCUUCCGGCUUUCCUUCCUUCCUUCCUUGCUUUCCUUUGCUUCUUUCCUUCCUUCCUUCCUUCUAUCCUUCCUUCCUUGCUUUCCUUUGCUUCUUUCCUUCCUUUCUUCCUUCCUUCCUCCCUCUCUCCCUCUCUUCCUUCCUUCCUUGCUUUCCUUUGCUUCUUUCUUUCCUUCCUUCCUUCCUUCCUUCCUUCCUCCCUUCCUUCCUUCCUUGCUUUCCUUUUUCUUUCUUUUCCUUCCUUUCUUUCUUUCUUCCUUUCUUUCUUCCUUCCUUCCUUCCUUCCUUCCUUCCUUCUUCCUUCCUUCCUUCCUUCCCCUCUUCCUUCCUUCCUUCCUUCCUUCCUUCCUUCCUUCCUUCCUUCCUCUUCCUUCCUUCCUUCCUUCCUUCCUUCCUUCCUUCCUUCCUUCCUUCUUCUUCCUUCCUUCCUUCCUUCCUUCCUUCCUUCCUUCCUUCCUUCCUUCUUUUUUUCCUUCAUUUUCUUUUCUCUACUUUUUCUUUACCUUUACCUUUUACUUUACCUUUUUUCCUUGAUUUUUACUUUUAUAUUUUCUCUCCUUCAUUUCUUCUUCUUUUUAGACAUUGCUCUCUCUCUCUCUCUCUUCUUUUUCCAUUUUCUCUUCAACUCUUUCUUCAUCUCCUGUUCUCAUUAUUCCUCUCUUUCUCUCCUCCAACAGCCUUCCAUUUUACCACACCUCUUUUGUUUUUUCUUCUUUUUCUUCUAAUUCUUUUUUGUUCCUUGUUUGCCUUUCCCUUUCACAGACUGACUUUUUCUUCCCACUUUCCCUUUUUCACCUGCCCCCCCCCCCAGCACGACUGCCUAUCUCAGUGUAUGCCUCAUUUACAGGCUUAUUCAUUUCCUCUACCUCUGUUUCCUCACCAAUGGCACUAA